UGGCCCGGAUUCAACCCGCGACGGCUAGGCGUGGAAUGUGUGGCCCGGAUCGAGCCCCCAUUUCUUCCCUCUCAUCAUCCGGCCCAGCCAGCACCAUCGCUCGCAUGCAGACAUGGACAAGUCACCAAACGUACCGGCCGGGUCGUCGGUAGCCCCUGGUGGCAGUCAGAGUGCGAACCCCACGUACUCCCGCGAAUCGUCUGCCAGCACGGCGACAAUAACCCCAAUGACCGAGUCGGGCCCUUCCAAGUUCACAUCCCAGGCGUCCGCCACGUCCACCUCGUCGUCUGCCGCGCCAUCGCCUCUCGCAUCACGCGAGCCCUCGCCGACCAGACCGCUGUCACGGACGACGACCUCGCGCACUUCGUCGGCGCACUCGGGAAUCCGGUCAAGGAAGAACAGUCAGCAGGAUCUCAGUCCCACGCGAUCUGCCAAACAACAACCCAAUCCUGCGCCCGCACCCGGAGCCAAGACACUGUCUUCCGCCAACACCCCUACGCUCCUCCCGUCCGCGUCAGACCUGAGCUCGAAUGCGGGCGCGCCCGUCAAGUCGCCCACGACGAUGGAACACCUGCGAGAGUCGCCCAGAUGGCCCGUGUCUCCGAGGUUACGAUCUCCACCGCCCAUCCUCCACAAGCCGAACACGGGAUUACCGAGAAGGCCAGAACCGGAAACGCCUCUGAUUAACGUUCAGCGCGCCACUCCGCCGACGUCUCAGCAGCAGCAGCAGCAGCAGCAGCCUCCUGCGGACCUCCCAUCCGACACUGAUGCCGAAGAUCUUCACAUAGCCAUAGGCACGAGGACACCGGCGCGGGGUGGAGGGGGAAGCUCGUCGACCCUCGAGACUGUCCAGGAAGUCAGCCCGAUAGGAUCGCCGCGGGGGCCGGGCGAGUCGAUACAGGAGAAGCUUGACGACAGCAUGGUUUCGGAAACGCCACAGGCAGACUCGGUAGGUCUUGGGCUCGCCCCGAACGCGGAGGGCAGAACAAGCGCGGGCGAUAGCGGGAGUGAGACGGACAACAUGAAGGCUUCGCGUCGGAGCGGAGCGGCCAGCGCGCCGCCGCUGACGACCAGGCAAUCGAGCACAUGUAUCAAGCAGGGUGUCACCAAAACCAAGACGGGCGAGGCGUCGUUGCAGAGCAUGACGGUCGAGACGGAGACGGUGACAUCGAUUCCGCAAGCCCCGCUCGUGCCGAGCUCGGGAGCUCAAGGUUCAAGCGUGAGCCUACGCACAAAGGGGAGCACAGAAACGAUACGACCAAAGAAGGAAAAGAAGAGGCCGACGCGGAAGCAACCCACCGUAGCGGCCGGCAAUGGUGAGCCACCGAGUCCAGCUGUUCCACUACUGCCCCGGUUGCGCCACUACCAGUCAAUGGGAUCAGUCUUCUCAUGGACUGAGCAGUGGGUUUCGCCCGCCACAACAUGCCACCCCGACGAAGGAGAAAGUCACUCUCGUCAAACUCACCCCCGCAGGCAGAGCAUGGUCGUGCACCAGAUGAGCAGCUUACUAACAAGGCAUCGCUUAGCGUCGUCCAAGGCGGAUAUCUUCGAAGCCAAGGUGGCGAGCGCCGUCGAGGAAGCGAACUCGUCCGACUCGGACGAGACGUUUGUCUACGACUCUAACCCCCCAGAUGGCCGCGACCGACCCAUGCGGUUUCACUCGCGGACGCCCAGCGCCACCUCGAUGGCGAGCCAAAUCGACCGCCCAGGCAUGCGCUCCAUUCACGCCGUCAUGGAGAGCUCCGGUCCCGCGGUCACGGUCAAGAAGAGUAUGAAGUUCGUGAACUCGUCUACCACAAACGGCCCCAGCGAUAGCGGCUAUGCCGACGACGAUGGCAGGGGCACCGGUCGGAGCAACACCGGGUCUGCCCGCGGAACGGCCCGUCAUCACCACCACUUUGGUCGCUGGGGUCGCAACGGGGGCGGCAACGGCCACCCGUCUCUGUUUGCCGAGCACGGCCCGUUCGGCUCCUCCCUCGCUGCAGGGAACCCGAACUCUCGUCAGUCGUCGACGCCUCCAAGCCCUCGCUUCGCCAACCGCGGCGCAUAUGGGGCAAAUGGCAAGCGAGGGACGCACCUGUCGCCCGGGUACGAUUUCGACGACACCACGACCGGCGCCGACGACGAGACGACACCACUCAUUGGUUCUGGAACGGUACGAUCAUUACGCUCGGGCAGGGGACGGAGAGGAGGACAUUCGUUACGGUCCAUCGAAGCGCAGACGUACCACCGCUCUGCGCCCUCGGUGCUCAACCGGUUCGCUAGCUGCCUCGUCCUGACCGUCAUGCUCUUGCUCGUCGUAUCCGGCGUCAUCGGGUUCAUGUUCGCCACGUCCCAACCUCUGACCGACAUCCAGCUCGUCUCCAUGGACCACGUCGUAGCCAGCCAGCAGGAGCUGAUGCUCGACCUUACCAUCAAGGCGCACAAUCCCAACGUCGUCGUCGUGGUCGUCGACUCUGCCGACAUCGAAGUCUUUGCAAAGUCGCCGCACGCCAUGACCGACUCGGAAUGGUGGCGCCACACCCACCCGGGUGAGAUCGGGCCACCACCUCCGCGCACACCAGACGGCGACGGGUGGGACACGGCAACGCAAGCGUUGACGGUUGAGCCGGACCAGUCACCGCCCGACGAUUCGGCGCCCAACAUGCGCCUCGGCACCAUCACGGGCUUCGACAGCGCCCUCUCGUUCGAGGGCUCCUUCUUCCACAAGGGCAUCUCGUACUCGACCGGUGAGGUGCGCCUCAAGAGCCCGGGCAACGGCACAUACGGCGGCCAGGAGCGCUGGGAGCGCAUCAUGGAAGACGAGUUCCAGCUCAUCCUCAAGGGCGUGCUCAAAUACACGCUGCCGCUGAGCCAACGGGUGCGGACCGCGACCAUAUCGGGCAAGACGACGGUCAAACCGAACGCCGCGAACGAUCCGCCGGGUCUGAGACCCAACGGGACCGACGGAACUCCUGCUCCUCUCCCAUCUGACAAGGGAGGGAGCGAAGUGACCAUCUCUGCUGCUAAGCCGUAGAUCGAGCCACCUUUUCUCUCUUCUUCCCCUUAUCUUAUCCCCUUUUAAUUUUUUUUGUUUUUCUGUGUUUUCAAAAAUAGCGGGGUCAUACUCUCUUCUGUACCCCUGCGUUCCAGCGACGCAUACCCA